AUGCUCUGCUUCACGACGAGCCUCGUUGUCGCCAUGUCCACGGCCGACCGCGUGUCUGUUGAGAUCAUGGCGGAGAGUUACUGCCCUUGCGCCGGCGCGUGGGAAGCCGGGUGGCAAAACGACAUGCUCCCAAAGAUUGGUGAGAUUGCGACGCUCUCACGUUUCUUCGACGCCAAGAAAAAUGGCACGCAGGCCUGCUGCAACCCAUCCGCGGGGGCCGACGCAAGCUGCAUGCAUACCAAGAGCGAGUGUGUGGCCGACACUCUCCAGCGCUGCGUCCAAGCGUAUUACCCGAAAGUAUGGCUCGAGUUCACAAACUGCAUCUCGGGACCGUGCGGCGGCAGCCGGCCUGACGUCCUUGGCUGCAAGUACCAGUUUGACAUCGGCCAGCCGAAGAACUUGGCACGCGAGCAGAUCUGCGCCCAGAACUUGACGGUAAACUGGACAACGAUAACGACCUGCUGGCGGGGGGCAGAAGGAGUACAGCUCAUGCAAGGCGACGCCGACAAGUCCGACUCUGUCGAGCCCCGUUACGGGCUCGCUGGGCUGCCGGUCGUGUGGAUCAACGGCCAGCUCUUCUCUCACUUUUUCGACUGCCGGUUUGCUGGCAGGGAGCGCUACCAGCAUGCGCUGCUCGAGGCCAUUUGCGCUGCUUCAGGCGCAGCUGUACUUCCCGAAGCGUGCAAGUCGAAGUCCGCCGUGUUAUUCCAGUAA